UCCUGGAAUCAAGGUCUAUAAGGGAUUGUACAAUUUAGGUUACUGUAUAUAAAAUGCUAUUUUAACUCUAAAAGAAUAUAUCAUUCAAUCAAUAUGUUUCGAUUUCUCGUCGUUCUAUCCUUUCUUUCUUUGUCUGCUUCGGUGAUUCCCCCACAAAACCCAACUGGUGACUGCGAACCGUUUAUUGACGUACUGACGAGGUCUUUGGUUAAAGCAGGAGCGGCUUACUUUGCCGAUAACUCACGUUCAGGUUCAGUGUUCGAUCCUAAUCAGGUAUACCCUCUGACGCCUAUCCAGCUGUUCGAUACUUAUUACGGCGGCGGUGCGACACCCAGCAAGUUUAAGGAAUCGAUUCUGAGAAUAUAUUAUGCCGACCCUGGAAUAAACGGGGCAGCCGAGGCUGACAAAGACCUGAUCAUUUUGAGGGAAAACAUAUUUAAUUAUUUGUCUGCUCAAAGUUAUGAAUUGGCCCGGGAUAAGUUUGGAGUCUUAAUCUACCAAGCUAUUAAUAAAUUCAUUCCAAAUUCUGCUCUCUGGCUCUCAGUAAGAUGCUUGGUGGAAGAUGACGUCGGCUCCGCGGAGAAAAUCAUAUUUACCGAACUAGAGAGGGUUCGAAACAACAUUGGCGACUUUAAGUUUGGCAACUUUAUCAACGUUGGUGUUGGCACAACCUUAGCGUUUGCUAUUGAUGAUACGGGAAGCAUGAGUGGCGAAAUUAGAGCAGCGAAACAACGAGCAAAGAUGAUUAUUGAAGAACGACAAGGCUCACUUGACGAACCACGAGAUUUUGUUUUGGUUCCGUUUAACGACCCCACCGUUGGACCAAUUACUGUAACUUCGAACCCAGACACGUUCAAAGCUAGUAUCGAUAGGUUGCACGCCCACGGCGGUGGGGAUGCACCCGAACUAGCAUUGCGGGGAAUUUUGUUGGCGAUAGAAAACAGCCAAGAAGGAUCGACCGUGUUUGUCAUUACGGAUGUCGACGCGAAAGAUAUUGAAUUGCAGGAUGUGGUUGUUGCACAAGCCAGACAGAGGAACAUCAAAAUCACUUUUCUUCUUACAAAUACUAUCUCUACAACAAUGUGCCGAUUCAUGAGAACUGGUGGACCAGGAAGCCUCACGCACAGAAGAUGCAACACAGCUUCAUUCAAGAAAGGUUUGGAGUUGUACCAAUACAUGGCAACCAGCACAGGCGGCGCUUUACUAGUCAUCAGAAAAAGUGAUAUUUUCUCCGCCACCCAAGUUAUUGAUCGAACAGUGAGACAAGGAAUUGUGGAUAUAGCUAUAAAAACUGUAACAAGUGGCAGUCAUACAUUCCGUGUCAACAUCGAUGCUUCAGUUAAAACGGUCUUCUUCCAAAACACAGGAGAUUGCCAGAGGUUUACAGUUUCAUAUGAAGGCAGAGUGUUACCAUUGACGGAUCCUGUUACGAUAGACAAUCUAUUUGAGGGAAAAAUUAAUGUUACUGAAACACAUGGUGAAUGGAUGAUAAAUGUAACUGCAAACUCUAAAUGCAGCAUCAAGGUGAUUGGACGAAGUACAUUCGGUUUUGUUCAAACACUCGCUAAACAAGAGAGCGGGGAACUCGCACGUUUUGAAGGUCAACCAUUAUUCUCAGAUGAGAUUGUCGUCUUACUUAACGCUUAUGGUAAAUCAUCCAGCACACGAGUUACUUCAAUAAGCCUUAUUGCUCAAACAACUGGAGUUGUGUUAACUACCCACAGCAUUCCUUUUGGUGAUCAAACCAACUCUGAGUUUCGGUAUUCCCCCAGUAUGAGACCAUUAAUCCCUAUCUUUAUAAGUGUGCAUGGAAUAGAUCAAUCUGGACUAACUUUUACCCGGCUUAUUUCCACACCUAUUCAGUUUGUUCAUGUACAACUUGCUUGUCCAAACAUAGGAGAUAUUGUAUUUAGACCAGGAGAUCGCAUCACAAUUCCAGUAACUGUGCGUAAUAAUGGAGCUACUGCUGCAACUUUUGAGCUUGGAGCAACUGAUACGCGAAGCUAUAUAACAGGCGGUGUUACCCCAAGUCUUGUAACAGUUAGUGGAAGUGGGGGAAUAAUGACGGCAAAUAUAACUGCCAGGGCACCAGAUACGGAACCAGUAGGAACAACAAGUGUUAUCACAUUUACUGCCAAGAGCAGCACAUCAACCUCACUUCUAUACAAACCUUGUCAUCUUAUUGUUGGCCAGAAAAGUCGACCAACAGUUGAAACGUUCGUUGUUGCUACGACAAUAAAAGCAAGAUUUGCAGAAACAGUAAUGACCAGCACUGUUUAUAACGAUGCUGCAGUGAGCAGAGAGGCGCAGUAUUACGUGAUACUUCCCGUAAAUGCUUUUAUCACAAACUUCUCCAUGACAAUUGAUGGUGUGGUAUAUAACGGGAGGAUUGAAGAAAAAGCAAGAGCUGAAGCAAUCUAUACAACUGCAAGGGAGCGAGACUUGACAGUUGGUCACGUUGCAGCAAGAGAUCAAUCUUCUAGUGUUUUUCAAACUUCUACAAACCUUGCUCCAAGAAAGCGAGUUAUCUUCCAACUUACAUACCAGGAAGCAUUACAGAGGAAGCGAGGAAUAUAUCAGUAUGGUGUGUCAUUCCGUAUGUUGCAACCUGUAUCAAUGUUCAGUAUAACGGUAUCUAUAUCUGAGAGUGUUCCACUAUCAACUGUUAAUGCAUUAGGAUUGGAAACUGAGCAGACGAGUGUUCCUGGACCAGUUCCAUUGCAAGGGAUUACCACUGUUCGCAACUCACCAGUCAGUGCAGUGAUCACAUACACACCAACAAGCAACCAACAACAUCUUAUAUCUCCAUUUGGUUUAAAUGGAAAGUUCGUGAUUGAAUACGAUGUAUUCAGAGACAGAACAACUGAGAUGGUUAUAGAUCAAAGUUACUUUGCUCAUUUCAUCACUUCAAAUCUUCCACCCAUGAGCAAGAGGGUCGUCUUUCUUAUUGAUGUCUCAGGUUCGAUGUUCGGGAUCAAAAUCGAUCAAGUGCGACAAGCGAUGAACACCAUAUUGCACGGACUUGCUGAAACUGAUUUUUUCAGUGUGAUAGCUUUCAAUAGUUCAGUAUCAAGAUGGUCACCUUCUGGUACUGCGGCUGUUCUUGCAUCUGGAACGACAGCAAAUAUUAAUUCUGCCAUGAAUUUCCUUAACACAACUGUUGUCACACGUGGGGGUACUGAUAUUCUACAAGCUGUUGAAGCUGCUAUACAGUUGUUUGAUUCAGCUGCAACUGGAGGCACCAACACCGCAUCUGACUUUAUGGUGUUAUUAACUGAUGGAAGGCCAACAGAUGGUACAGUAUCUUCAACAGCAAUAAUAUCAGCUAUCAGGAAUCUAAACCGAGGGCGGUUUGGAAUCAACACAAUAGGUUUUGGAACAUUGGUUGAUAUGAAUUUACUGAGGAAAAUUGCCGCUCAAAACUCAGGGACCUCAAUUCAAAUUUUUAUUGAUUUGAACUCAUAUGCACAGAUCUCGAAUUUUUACGAGGAGAUAUCGCAACCUAUUUUAUCCAACACAACAAUGACAUACGAGCAAGAAGUUGAUCAUUUUUAUUAUCAACAAUUUCCAGCGCUCAUGCAAGACGGAGAACUUAUAACUGCCGGCGUGAUAGAAGCUAGGUUUGUUACUAACCCACGUAGAAGAAGACGAAAAAGAGAUGUCACAUUUGCCACUUUACAAGCUGAUUUAAGAGGUGAUACAAGACAUGGACCUGAAAGCGAACGACACACUGUUACCCCAAUCACAGUGGCUAGUCAGGAGGGUCAGAACUUUGCUGAGAGAUUGUACAACUUCUUGAGAUUGCGAGGAGUUCUUCGUGAAAUUCAAGGAACAACGAACGCAACGAGGGAAGCUGAGCUUCGACAACUCGCUCUUAAUCAAUCACUCGAACUUGGAUUCGUGACUCCGGGCAUCACGUCCAUGAUCGUUUUAAAACCUGAAGACGUUCGUGAAAUUGAAAAUGCACUCGCUGCCGAGCGCACCACGACCGUUGCCGUGACGACCACAAGAGCUCCUUCUACUGCUGCAGGAGGGAGAACCAUAGCACCCACAGGGAUCGGACUCGAUCGUUUGUUUACCCCUGCACCAACUAUCGGUCGACCCAGUGGUGUGGCGGGUGACCCCCAUGUUAUUGUUGGGCUGGGAUUACAAAUCACAAUCUGCUUUAAUUGGCUUGGAAAGCAAGAUGAGGUAUACAACUUACUAAAUGACACAGUUAAUGGAAUAAGUGUGAAUGGCAAACUUGCCCAAACACCAGUCCACAUAUCAGAAACCGAUUCACCAACCUUUAUCUCGGACCUUGGAAUAUCUUUGGCAAAUCAAGGAAUUAAUAUUCAGAUUGAUUCAUUCACUCUGGUCAUCCGGAUUAGAGGAGGACGACCUCAACAAUUUUCAUUGAAGAAGAUGUUUAGGAUUAAGAGGAGAGGUGUCUGGUUUGAAAAUCAACCGAUCUCUUACACAAGAUAUGAACUCAUGAUUAAAUUGCCUCAAGAUAUCCAAUUUCAGAUUGUAUCACAUGUACAUGCACCAAACGCAAACAUAAUCAACCAUCUUGACUUCUCCAUUGUACGAUCUAGUGGGCUCUCUAACGCCACCUCUGGUGUGCUUGGUCAGUUCCCACAUAACAGUGAAAUAGCUCCUGCCACAAUUGAUUUCAUACCAAACACACAGCAUGCGUUGUUGUGGUUCAGGCAUAGUAUGGUUAAAGUUACAAACCAUAUCAUGUACGACUCUCUAACCAAACGAACAAUAGAAUGUUGGUGGGUUAAAAACCCAAUGGACCUCACAGGGCAAAGUAAACACCAUUACAGAAGACAAGCUUUACUUGACAACCCUGCCUUGGCACCAAAAUGAGUCGGCUUCAAUACAGGCUUGCAGCUGCUUUAAAUAUAUCCUUGCUGUUCUGACUGAAGGCUCAAAUAAUUUAUAUGAAGAAGAUUAAAAUAGCAGUUGUCUUUAAAUGCAUAACCAGUAGUGUUUUUAUUAUUCACUCAGCCACAAAAUUGCAUUAAAUAUUUUAGACCCAGUAUUGUACGUCUCUGAAAUUUGAGACUAUACACAAGAUUGCCAAAUGUGAUUAUUUUGCUUGUAUAUUGCGCAAUAACAGAGUUCGAAACCCUUGUAUUGAUUUGGUGCCAGCUUUAAUACAUGGUAUGCGUCGCUAUCAA